ACACACACACACGCACACACACACACACACACCUGCAGCGCCGAGGCAAAGAUCACUUCUGUUUCCACGGCGGAGCUGAGAGGACACACAGAGUAUUGCCAGUGAGGGCAUUUAGUUUCCUGCAGAAUUCAGUUACCACUUCAUCUCCACGGUUACCACUUCAUCUCCACGGUUACCACUUCAUCUCCACGGUUACGGAAUGGCAUCGGUCACUCUCUUGUGCCUCCUCUCCCUCCUGUCAAUCACCUGGGCAAGGCCCCGCCUCUCUACACCAUCAGAGGACAUGGCCAGACUCAUCAACAAGUCCAACACCACCUGGAGGGCUGGUUCAGACAUCCAGGUGUCCAGCUUUAUGAAGAGUCUGUGUGGUACAAUCCUGAACGGGCCGAAACUGCCAAAGAUGGAGCACGUGGAGAGGAAGCUGGUCCUGCCCGACUCCUUUGAUGCCCGGGAGCAGUGGCCCGGCUGCACCACCAUCCAGCAGAUCCGGGAUCAGGGCAACUGUGGCUCCUGCUGGGCCUUUGGCGCCGUGGAGGCCAUCUCCGAUAGGAUCUGUAUCCAUAGCGACGGGAAGAUCUCCGUGGAGAUCUCUGCAGAAGACCUGCUGACCUGCUGUGAGGGAUGUGGAAUGGGGUGUUUUGGUGGGUUCCCCUCUGCUGCCUGGCAGUUCUGGACUACAGAGGGCCUGGUCACAGGAGGACUCUACGGCUCUAAAGACGGUUGCAGGCCGUACUCCAUCGCCCCCUGUGAGCAUCACGUCAACGGCACACGCCCCCCUUGCUCAGGAGAGCAGGACACCCCGAAGUGUGAGAACCAGUGCCUCCCCGAGUACAGCCUCUCCUACCCCAAAGACAAACACUACGGCAAGGACUCCUACAGUGUGCCCUCUGACCCGAAGCAGAUCAUGACUGAGAUCUUUAAGAAUGGUCCAGUCGAGGCCGCCUUCACCGUCUAUGAGGACUUCCUGCUCUACAAAACUGGUGUGUACCAGCACGUCACGGGAGACAUGCUGGGGGGCCACGCCAUCAGGAUCCUGGGCUGGGGGGAGGAGAACAGCACCCCCUACUGGCUGGCGGCCAACUCCUGGAACUUGGACUGGGGAGACAAGGGCUACUUCAAGAUCCUGAGGGGGAAGGACCACUGUGGCAUCGAGUCUGAGAUGGUGGCGGGCAUCCCCCGCAUGUAGAGGCCACGCCCCCGCGUGUAGAGACCACGCCCCCCUGUGUAGAGGCCCCACCCCCUCUCUUCAGGUCUCUUCCUCCACAGCGGAUGUUACACACACACACACACACACACACACACCUUCAGCAGAGAUGGGCCUCGCUCACAGCCAAGGAGAGCCUGGAUUGGAGCUGCCAUACCUGAUGGAAUUGCCUGAUUUAGAGUGUUUAAACUUUUCAUAAUCUGUUUAUAAAAUCGUUUCCAAAUCAUUUCUGUAAAGGAGCUGAUAUAUAUGCUGAUAUAUGCCUGCCCCUGAUGCAUGCUGGUCUCUGUGGGGAGGUCAUGUGACUCUUGACCCAAACGCUCCUAAUAAAAUAAAUGCAUCAUAAUUUA